AGCUGCGGCGCACGCGCAGUGUUCAAAGAAGGCCAUGUUGAAGUUACAGUGAAGUCAGGCUGGGAUUUUUUUUUUCCUGACGACGUGUUUUUAAUAUUGUAUGUUUUUCGUUAUUUGUGGUGUCAGUGUCCCAACAAAUAUAACAACUGGAUAACUAAACCGGGGACCUAAAAAUGGCUUCCACUUUCGACCUUUCAAGGCGAAAUCCGCAAGAGGAUUUCGAGCUGAUACAGAGAAUUGGGAGCGGGACCUACGGAGAUGUAUACAAGGCUCGGCACGUCACCACAGGGGAGCUGGCGGCCAUCAAGGUCAUCAAACUGGAGCCCGGAGAGGACUUUGUGGUGGUGCAGCAGGAAAUCGUCAUGAUGAAGGACUGCAAGCAUUCUAACAUCGUGGCCUACUUUGGCAGUUACUUAAGGAGAGAUAAAUUAUGGAUAUGUAUGGAAUAUUGCGGGGGAGGGUCCCUACAAGACAUAUAUCACGUGACGGGGCCUCUUACAGAAUCACAAAUAGCCUACGUGUCUCGAGAAACUCUUCAGGGUCUCUACUAUCUACACAACAAAGGGAAAAUGCACAGAGACAUAAAAGGAGCAAACAUACUGUUGACAGACAACGGGUACGUCAAACUAGCUGACUUCGGCGUCUCGGCCCAAAUCACAAUGACCAUUGCCAAGAGAAAAUCCUUCAUCGGAACACCUUACUGGAUGGCACCUGAGGUGGCAGCCGUGGAGAGGAAGGGCGGGUACAACCACCUGUGCGACAUCUGGGCGGUGGGCAUCACCGCCAUCGAGCUGGCAGAGCUGCAGCCGCCCAUGUUCGACCUUCACCCGAUGAGAGCCCUGUUUUUGAUGACCAAAAGUAACUUCCAGCCGCCCAAGUUGAAAGACAAGGUGACGUGGACCAGUAAUUUUCAUAAUUUUGUAAAAAUAUCGUUGAUGAAAAAUCCAAAGAAAAGGCCCUCCUCAGACAAGCUGCUGCAGCAUCCCUUUGUCUCGCAACCUCUAAGUCGCACGCUGGCCAUUGAGCUCUUGGACAAGGCCAGCAACCCGGACCACUCCUCCUACGACGACCACUUAGAUGAUGAGCCCGAGGAGCCCGAGGAGUUGAAAUACAAGAGGGUGCUUUGGCUCAUACUGGGGUGUGUUUCAACCCAUUGUCCCCUAUCUCUGCGACUCCCACGCUUUUCCGUUGGCAGAGAGCCCCCUAUAUCUGUGCCGCAUCGGAUUCGCUCUGGGAACACACGAGAAGGGAAGACCCUCUCUGAGAUCAACUUCGAUCAAGUCAAGUUUGAUCCCCUGCUUAGGAAGGAGACUGAACCUCAUCACGAACCAGCACCCGACUCUGACGGUUUUUUGGACUGUGUGGAAGAACAAUACUACACUGCAAGAUCUAACAUGGACUUGCGGAUGGAUUACGAAGCGGGAUCUCCCAAAAGCUCCUUCUUGGGAGGGCAUAAGAGUCUUCUGAAAUCGGUGGAGGAGGAGCUAAACCAGAGGGGACACGAGACUCAUUUAGAUGAUAACGAUGAUGAUGGUGGUGAUGAUGAUGAUUGUGGUGAUAAUGAUGGUGGUGACCACGAUGAUGAAAUGCAACAUGCCAAGGGCUCCACAAUGCGGCCCAAAGAGCCUCCACCACUGCCUCCCAACGUCAAGCCCAUUCCCAUUCCACAGGAUGUUGCCAACUCCCCUGCACACCAUGGCUCCCCUGCUCACCAUGGCUCCCCCGGUGACCAUGACGACCACGGGGGGACCAUAAUGUGUUGUCCAGCCGCCGAGAGCCCCGCCCGCUCUGCCACCCAUGUGCCGCCCAGGCCGCCGCCCCCCAGACUCCCCCCGCACAAGCAGCUUAGCUUAGGCAAUGGUUUCAGCCUGUCAGAAGUGAGCGGGGAUGCUGGUGGUGCUGAGAAGCAGUCUACUAUGCCACCUUGUGUCACCACGAGGAAGGACAGGAAAGAGAUUCCGAAACCAAUCAGUAAUGGCCUUCCCCCCACGCCAAAAGUCCACAUGGGAGCCUGUUUCUCCAAAGUCUUCAAUGGCUGCCCUCUAAAGAUCCACUGUGCGGCGUCUUGGAUCAACCCCGACACGAGAGACCAAUACCUGCUAUUCGGUGCCGAAGAGGGCAUUUACACUCUAAAUCUCAACGAACUGCAUGACUCCUCCAUGGAACAGAUUAUAGUUCAAUUUGAAUGCUUGCUUCUUUGUGACCUCUUUCCCCGGAGGUGUACGUGGCUUUAUGUCAUGAGUAAUAGUCUGCUCUCCAUAUCUGGAAAAGCCUCGCAGCUCUACUGUCACAAUCUGGCGGGUCUGUAUGAGCACGCUCGACAGAUGCAGAAGCUGCCAAUGGCCAUCCCCACCCACCGGCUCCCAGACAAAAUUAUUCCAAGGAAAUUUUCCAUCUCCAACAAGAUUCCCGACACCAAGGGAUGUCAGAAGUGCUGUGUGGUGAGAAACCCUUACACAGGGCACAAGUACUUGUGUGGAGCCUUCCAAUCCAGUGUGGUCAUGUUGGAAUGGGUGGAGCCCAUGCAGAAGUUCAUGCUCAUCAAGAACAUUGACUUUCCCCUGCCCUGUCCGAUGGAGGUUUUUGAGAUGCUUGUGGUGCCCGAGCACCAGUACCCCCUCAUCUGUAUGGGCGUCAGCAAGGGCACGGAGCUCAACCAGGUGGUACGCUUUGAGACGCUGGACCCCAACACCGCUUGCCCCUGGCUCAAAGAGUCCGACACUCCACAGACCUGUGUUAUCCAUGUGACUCAACUGGAAAGAGACACCAUUCUUGUCUGCUUGGAUCGAUCCAUUAAGAUUGUGAAUAUGCAGGGGAGGCUGAAGUCCAGUAGAAAGCUUUCAGCCGAGCUGACGUUUAAUUUCCAGAUUGAGUCGAUCGUCUGCCUUCAAGACAGUGUUCUGGCUUUCUGGAGACAUGGCAUGCAAGGACGGAGUUUCAAAUCUAAUGAGAUUACACAGGAAAUUUCCGACAACACCAGGAUAUUCCGACUCCUAGGAUCAGACAGGGUUGUGGUGCUGGAGAGCAGACCUACAGACAACCCUACAGCACACAGUAACCUAUACAUCCUGGCUGGACACGAGAACAGUUACUAACCACCCUGUGCUCUGGUAACCAGGGUCCUGUUCAGUAGGCACAAAACUUUCUGAAAUUGAGUGAUACAGGGAUGUACUAUCUGAACCUGUCCAAUAAGAAACCUUAGGUUUCAUUGUCGGUGUAAAAACAUUUUCCAUUGUAUGCCUUAAUGAACAUGGCCCCGGGUUGGUUUUAGUUACACUUUAAGAGAUUAUGAAUCUGAAUUAAAUUCAGUCAUUGAAAUUGCAAUUAGGUUUAUUUUUCUGUUCAUAAAUUGGAAUUCAUGUCCUGAUGGGAACAGAAUAUGAUGAGGAGGACAUGUCUGACUCUGCAACUCCUUGGUCUCAGAUGCAAUCGGACCAUUCAUCAAGCAAGCGACCUUGGAUGUGUCCUGUUUUUAAUCGAACCUUAUGAUUUGAAUUGAAAGUCAACAUUUAUAGUAACACAAACCCACAUUCCUGGAUAUCACACUAUUUCAGUAUUGACCAACUACUGAGAGCAUGCAACCUCACCUAACAAGUGCUUGAAAUUCAUGUAAAUAGAAUAUUGAGGUUGUACACUAUGAGUAUGUCAUGUAGAUAACAAUGCUGCAUAUAUUUUUUACAGUUGCCUGUUGGCUAAUCAUUGUGGGGUACUACUUUUAUGGGCUUGUCAAGCAAUGUAAUUUUACGAAACUUAGUGGUAGGAUGUCAAAGAGCAAAGUGUCUGUUCAUUUUGGUCAUGAGUUGCCUUUUUUUUUUUAUAUGUUAGGCUCAUUUUGAUAUGAAGCCAUAUGCGAUGUCAUUUUAUUUUCACACACUUUAAUUCCAACCCCAUAGAAAGUUGUCAAUGCUCAGAUAUGCACUGGUUGUGAAAUUUGCACAUAGUUGUACGCAAUGAAACACUUUAUUCAUACAUUUAAGGUAUGGUUAAUUUGCGCUUAUAACAAAGUAUCUGCAUGACUGCAUUAGAUUACAUCAUGCUUUACACUUUAGACGUAAACUUAAGGCAUUUAACCAGGCAAUGUAAGGUUUCUUUUUUUUACAUACACACCAAGCUAUUGUUAAAACUGCAGUCAAACUGAAGAGACUCUGGGCAGUUGUAAUAUCUUAGAAUCCCUUUCCUUAUGGUAGCCAUUGAGUUGAAUGCUGCCAAAUUGCAUUGUUCAUAUUGUUUGUUAUGGUGUUUGGGCGUCAUAGUAAGACCUCUACCUCAUGCGUUGGGGAGUCAGUGAGAAUAUGUGGGGCCAAAUUCAACAUGUAACACUAAAUGUCCCUUGCUGACUCCAUGUAGCCUACACAACUAAAGGAGGGUAUGAUGAAGUACAAGGAUCUUCACACUUGGUUUCUUUCGCGAUUGCUUUUGUGUAAUGUAAAUACGGUAAAAUAAAAGUGCUUAAUUGUUUAACUGCCAAUAUUUGGACAUGUUACAUAUUAAACAUUUUAACUCGUGAUGGGAUACAUUGAUUGACUGAUGAGCCAUAGGAAGCCUGUUUUUUUUUUCUCUCCAUUUUUAGAUGGUAUGAUGAAGUAUAAGGAUCUUCUCACUUGGUUUCUUUCCAUGUUGCUUUUGUUUCAUGUAAAUACUGUAAAUAAAAUUGCUUAGUUUUGCCUGUACAACUGCCUAUAUUUGGACAUGUUACAUAUUAAACAUUUUAACUCAU